UAUUUCUCAGUGUCAGCGGAAGCCACAGCAGCUCCUGUGGGCUUCUUUUGGGCUGAUAUCUGCCGGCUUUGGAGGUCGCCGCAAGCGGUGCCACUCGCCCAGGUGAGGAGGCUGCAGCCGGAGGAGAGGGAGGAAAGGAAGGAAGGAAGCGAUGACGCUGGGCACUGCGACGAAGCACGACUACGGCGAGCCCUCCUACUGGGACCAGAGGUACCGGCAAUACCCGGAGCAGUUCGAUUGGUACCAGAAGUACCAAAGCCUGGCCCCGCUCUUCGACCUCUACCUCCGUCGCUCCCACCGCCUCCUCCUCGUCGGCUGCGGCAACUCGGCGCUAGGUGAGAGCAUGGUCGAUGACGGUUACCAGGAUGUUGUCAACAUAGAUGUAUCAUCCAUCGUGAUAGAAGCUAUGCAAAAGAAGCAUAUGGAUAAACCAGGGCUCAAGUAUAUCAAGAUGGAUGUACGAGAUAUGGAUCCUUUCCAAUCUAGUUCGUUUGAUGCUGUUAUUGAUAAAGGAACUCUUGACUCUCUUAUGUGUGGACAUAAUGCAUUACUAAAUGCAACCAAGAUGCUGCAGGAGGUUGGCAGGGUCCUCAAGGAUAAAGGAGUAUAUAUCCUGAUCACUUAUGGAGAUCCAAGUUAUCGAUUGAGUUUGUUAAGGGACAUAGAAUUAUGGACUAUAAACAUGCAUGUAAUAGAGAGAAUAGAGAAGAGUUCAGGGCAGAAGACAUGGGAGCUGAUUACUCCAUUGCCAUUAAAUGAGGAUGGUAGUUCUGUUGCUGCAGUUCUUAGAUCAAACCCCGAAGUCCACUACAUUUAUGUCUGUAUCAAGGACGAAUCUCGAAGGUGGCAACAAAGCACAGAGACUAAUGACAUCAGGAAUGAACAGUAACUCCAGAUCUUCCUCGAUGUAUUAUCCUAUGAUUAUUAAUCUAUAUGAACUGUGAUACUGAAAUGGGGAAAGAAUAAACGUUGUAUUCUAUUGUAUUCAUUUGUGGGAAGUCGAUCAAACUGUCUCGAUCCCACAUGGACUUGAGCUUGUUAUUCCACACUGAUCUUUGUGCAGUUUUGUUGUUC